AAAAGGCUGAAGAAUAUGAAAAUACAGAAUUUUGUAAUAAAAGCGAAGGACUUAUGGCUGAAGAUAUAAGAAUUCCUUUUUACCCUUUCUUUAUUUUAUUAUCAAGCAUAUUACGGCUACCUGAAGAAACUACUAUGCUUGCUUCUAUUUAUUACCAUAAAUAUUAUCGAUGGCUAGAAAAAGUAAAUGAAGAUAAUUUAUUACGUUUGUUGGAUGAUUAUACAUUGGCUAUUGCAUCCCUUUCGCUUGCAUCUAAGGCAACUGAACAGUUUAGACGUAUGCGAGAAUUCCUUAUUCCUGCUUAUUCAAUAUUAAAUCCAACUAAACCGAGGCUAACUUUUCCCUCAGAGAUUUAUGAUUCUUUAAGAGAUUCAAUUGUCAAUGCAGAACUUCUUCUAUUAAGAAUUGUCAAAUUUGAUCUGAGAAUUAUACUUCCUUUUUCAUAUCUAGAAAAAGCACUUAAUCUAACUUUAACUACAUGGGAAGCAGAAAUUACCGAAUCUACUCUUCAUAGAGAUGCAUGUUUAAUGAAUACUGCUCUUGGACGCUAUGCACGUUGUUGCAUUAUGGAUGCCAUGUCAGAUUAUCGACUUUCAACACUGUAUGACCCACAAACAUUAUCAAGUGCUUGUUUAUGGUAUGUCCUUCGUGAUUUUAAAAUAUUCCCAGAAGAAAAAUUUAUACCGUGGGUUAUAUCUGUUACAGGAAAUACACAAAUACGUGAAGAUAUUCAAGAUGCUGUUGAUGACCUUAUUCAAUUAGAUUUGAAACGUUGUGUACGAAGAGGAAGUUCUGAUUUACAGAUGAAUAUAAGUAAAAGGCAAUAUUAUGAUAUACAGGACUAA